GGCUGUGGGCGGGGCGGAGGGAGAAGCCGGUGAGGGGCGGAGCUUUUCUGGCGGCAGGAGGAGGUGAGGCGGGGAUCGAGCGCGUGAAACGCCGGUAGAGACUCUCACGCAGCAGCUGCAGUACUGAAGCUUAACCCGCAGACGUUCCUCCGCCGCCUCCUGCUCUCUGCAGGUUCCCCACACUCUGUGACUCGGUGCGCGGCUGGAGAACAUGUCGAACGUGAACUGGAAGCCCUUUGUUUUCGGCGGACUGGCGUCGAUGACGGCGGAGUGCGGAACCUUCCCCAUCGACCUGACCAAGACACGGCUUCAAGUUCAAGGCCAAGUGGGGGACAGCAAAUACCGAGAGAUCCGAUACAGGGGCAUGCUGCACGCCAUGCAGCGGAUCGUUCGAGAGGAGGGGCUCCGGGCUCUGUACUCUGGAAUAGCUCCUGCCAUGCUGCGCCAGGCUUCCUAUGGGACCAUCAAAAUUGGCACAUACCAGAGUUUUAAGCGACUGCUGGUAGAAAGGCCCGAGGAUGAGACAUUGCUGACUAAUGUGGCGUGCGGGGUUCUCUCUGGUGUCAUCUCCUCCUCCAUCGCCAACCCCACUGAUGUGCUGAAGAUCCGCAUGCAGGCUCAGGGAAAUGUGAUCCAGGGCAGUAUGAUGGGCAACUUCAUCAACAUUUACCAAGAGGAGGGGACAAGGGGGCUGUGGAAGGGUGUCUCCCUAACAGCUCAGCGGGCAGCCAUUGUGGUCGGGGUUGAGCUACCGGUCUAUGACAUCACCAAAAAGCAUCUGAUCCUGUCAGGUUACAUGGGGGACACCGUUUACACACACUUCUUGUCCAGCUUUGUGUGCGGUCUCGCUGGAGCUCUGGCCUCGAACCCGGUCGACGUGGUUCGGACACGUAUGAUGAACCAGAGAGGAGGAGCUCUGUACCAGGGAACACUGGACUGUUUACUUCAGACGUGGCGCUCCGAGGGCUUCAUGGCCCUCUACAAGGGUUUCUUUCCCAACUGGCUCCGUCUGGGACCGUGGAACAUCAUUUUCUUCCUCACUUAUGAGCAGCUGAAGAAAAUCGACGUGUGAUUGGCAGAACGACACUGGGAGCGUGGGAGCGCCUGCUCUGAGACGAGCUGAGAGGACCAAACUCUGGAAUGGCUGGAUGGGGACGGUUUCUUUACGGCACUGCAGACGG